GAAGGGGGGGAGCCAGUUCUGGGAGGCGGGGGGAAGGAGGUUGGUGGCGACUCCCUCGCUCGCCCUCACUGCCGGCGGUCCCAACUCCAGGCACCAUGUUCCCCGCGGGCCCCCCCAGCCACAGCCUCCUCCGGCUCCCCCUGCUGCAGUUGCUGCUACUGGUGGUGCAGGCCGUGGGGAGGGGGCUGGGCCGCGCAAGCCCGGCCGGGGGCCCCCUGGAAGAUGUGGUCAUCGAGAGGUACCACAUCCCCAGGGCCUGUCCCCGGGAAGUGCAGAUGGGGGAUUUUGUGCGCUACCACUACAACGGCACUUUUGAAGAUGGCAAGAAGUUUGAUUCAAGCUAUGAUCGCAACACCUUGGUGGCCAUCGUGGUGGGUGUGGGGCGCCUCAUCACUGGCAUGGACCGAGGCCUCAUGGGCAUGUGUGUCAACGAGCGGCGACGCCUCAUUGUGCCUCCCCACCUGGGCUAUGGGAGCAUCGGCCUGGCAGGGCUCAUUCCACCGGAUGCCACCCUCUACUUCGAUGUGGUUCUGCUGGAUGUGUGGAACAAGGAAGACACCGUGCAGGUGAGCACAUUGCUGCGCCCGCCCCACUGCCCCCGCAUGGUCCAGGACGGCGACUUUGUCCGCUACCACUACAAUGGCACCCUGCUGGACGGCACCUCCUUCGACACCAGCUACAGUAGGGGCGGCACUUAUGACACCUACGUCGGCUCUGGUUGGCUGAUCAAGGGCAUGGACCAGGGGCUGCUGGGCAUGUGUCCUGGAGAGAGAAGGAAGAUUAUCAUCCCUCCAUUCUUGGCCUAUGGCGAGAAAGGCUAUGGGACAGUGAUCCCCCAACAGGCCUCGCUGGUCUUUCACGUCCUCCUGAUUGACGUGCACAACCCGAAGGACACUGUCCAGCUAGAGACGCUGGAGCUCCCCCCCGGCUGUGUCCGCAGAGCCGGGGCCGGGGACUUCAUGCGCUACCACUACAAUGGCUCCUUGAUGGACGGCACCCUCUUCGAUUCCAGCUACUCCCGCAACCACACCUACAAUACCUAUAUCGGGCAGGGUUACAUCAUCCCCGGGAUGGACCAGGGGCUGCAGGGUGCCUGCAUGGGGGAACGCCGGAGAAUUACCAUCCCCCCGCACCUCGCCUACGGGGAGAAUGGAACUGGAGACAAGAUCCCUGGCUCUGCCGUGCUAAUCUUCAACGUCCAUGUCAUUGACUUCCACAACCCUGCGGAUGUGGUGGAAAUCAGGACACUGUCCCGGCCAUCUGAGACCUGCAAUGAGACCACCAAGCUUGGGGACUUUGUUCGAUACCAUUACAACUGUUCUUUGCUGGACGGCACCCAGCUGUUCACCUCGCAUGACUACGGGGCCCCCCAGGAGGCGACUCUCGGGGCCAACAAGGUGAUCGAAGGCCUGGACACGGGCCUGCAGGGCAUGUGUGUGGGAGAGAGGCGGCAGCUCAUCGUGCCCCCGCACCUGGCCCACGGGGAGAGUGGAGCCCGGGGAGUCCCAGGCAGUGCUGUGCUGCUGUUUGAGGUGGAGCUGGUGUCCCGGGAGGAUGGGCUGCCCACAGGCUACCUGUUUGUGUGGCACGAGGACCCUCCUGCCAACCUGUUUGAAGACAUGGACCUCAACAAGGAUGGCGAGGUCCCUCCGGAGGAGGUGGGUGAAGGUUCAGUCCUAAUAGCCAUGCCCACGCAAUCCCUGCACCCAGGAAGCAUCGAGGAAGAAGACGUCCCCCGUCCGGACUGCCCACCCGCCCUGGUGCUCCUGCCUGCGCUGAGUCCCACGCCUCAAGCUCCUUGUCCCUGCUUUUUCCUGGGCACACAUGCAGGCUGUUCCCUACCUGAGACCAGUCACAGACUAUCCCCCAUGCCACGCCUCCACCCCAGCCCCCACCAGGACCCCAGCACCAGUGCCUUUCCCAGCCCUUCCUGAGUUACAGGGUGCGGGGGAGCCUGGGAAAAAAGAAGAAAAAGAAAGCACUCACUGGCCUCCACCCGGGGCCCCUCCCAAGGCCAUGACCCUCACUGCCCGCUCCCCCGGCUCUCCCCUCCCCCAGUUCUCCACCUUCAUCAAGGCUCAAGUGAGUGAGGGCAAAGGACGCCUCAUGCCUGGGCAGGACCCUGAGAAAACCAUAGGAGACAUGUUCCAGAACCAGGACCGCAACCAGGACGGCAAGAUCACAGUCGACGAGCUCAAGCUGAAGUCAGAUGAGGACGAGGAGCGGGUCCACGAGGAGCUCUGAGGGGCAGGGAGCCUGGCCAGGCCUGAGACACAGAGGCCCACUGCGAGGGGGACAGUGGCGGUGGGACUGACCUGCUGACAGUCACCCUCCCUCUGCUGGGAUGAGGUCCAGGAGCCAACUAAAACAAUGGCAGAGGAGACAUCUCUGGUGUUCCCACCACCCUAGAUGAAAAUCCACAGCACAGACCUCUACCGUGUUUCUCUUCCAUCCCUAAACCACUUCCUUAAAAUGUUUGGAUUUGCAAAGCCAAUUUGGGGCCAGUGGAGCCUGGGGUUGGAUAGGGCCAUGGCUGGUCCCCCACCAUACCUCCCCUCCACAUCACUGACACAGCUGAGCUUGUUAUCCAUCUCCCCAAACUUUCUCUUUAUUUGUACUUCUUGUCAUCCCCACUCCCAGCCUCUAUUCCUCUAUGUGACAGCUCCCUAGGACCCCUCUGCCUUCCUCCCCAAUCCUGACUGGCUCCUAGGGAAGGGGACGGCUCCUGGAGGGCAGCCCUACCUCUCCCAUGCCCUUUGCCCUCCUCCCUCACCUCCAGUGGAGGCUGAGCUGACCCUGGGCUGCUGGAGGCCGGACUGGGCUGUAGUUAGCUUUUCGUCCCUAAAGAAGGCUCCUUUCCCUAAGGAACCAUAGAAAAGGAAGAAAACAAAGGGCAUGUGUGAGGGAAGCUGCUUGGGUGGGUGUUAGGGCUAUGAAAUCUCGGAUUUGGGGCUGAGGGGUGGGAGGGAGGGCAGAGCUCUGCACACUCAAAGGCUAAACUGGUGUCAGUCCUUUUUUCCUUUGUUCCAAAUAAAAGAUUAAACCAA